GGAUGCGAAAGCGAAAGCAAGCUCAGCUUCAGCUAUAAAGCCCUACAGAAGCUGAGGCUGAGGCUUUUCUGUUGCCUGAACCCAGUCAUCCGAAUGACCCAUCGGCCCUGCCUGACGCUAGAUGCUGAAGCCUGCGCUGGCGCCCCAAGGGGGCUUCUGCUUCGAGAGCUGUCAGAGAAAUGCAUCCUUGGAACGCGCCUUUCCGGGGCUCCGGGCCCCUCAUGCACGCAAGACUGGGACCACUAUUGCGGGCCUGGUGUUCCGAGACGGUGUCAUCCUGGGAGCAGAUACGCGCGCCACUGACGAUAUGGUCGUAGCAGACAAGAACUGCGAGAAGAUUCACUACAUCGCCCCCAAAAUCUACUGUUGUGGGGCUGGAGUAGCCGCGGAUGCUGAGAUGACCACGCGGAUGGCGUCGUCUAACAUGGAGCUACACGCACUGUCCACGGGCCGCGAGCCUCGCGUAGCCACGGUCACCCGCAUCCUCCGCCAGACUCUGUUCCGGUUCCAAGGCCACGUGGCAGCGUCCCUGAUUGUGGGUGGCAUAGACCCGAUGGGACCGCAGCUGUAUGGCUUGCAUCCCCACGGGUCCUACACCCGCCUGCCCUUCACGGCGCAGGGAUCUGGGCAGGAUGCGGCCCUGGCUGUGCUGGAGGACCGGUUCCGGCCUAACAUGACACUGGAGGCUGCGCAGGGGCUGCUGGUGGAAGCCAUCACCGCAGGGAUCCUGGGUGACCUAGGUUCUGGGGGCAGCGUAGAUGCAUGUGUGAUCACUGCAAUGGGCUCCAAGCUGCUUCGGACUCUGAGCUCACCUACAGACCCUGUGGAGAGGCUUGGCCAUUACCGAUUGUCACCUGGAACCACAGCAAUCCUGACCCAGAUGGUGAAGCCACUGAACCUGGACCUCCUGGAGGAAACUGUUCAGGCCAUGGAGGUGGAGUGAAGUCACCUGAGGCUUUAGAACUCCAAAUGAGUGAAAUAAACCUGGAAAACACAAACACCUAAA